AUGGAGCGUUACGACCGUGCUAUCACAAUCUUCUCGCCGGACGGCCAUCUCUUCCAAGUCGAAUACGCAAACGAGGCGGUCAAGAAGGGGUCCACUGCGGUUGGAGUGCGCGGGAAGAACUGUGUCGUCAUCGGCGUGGAGAAGAAGACGAUUCCCACGCUACAGGAUGACCGAACUGUGCGCAAGAUUCAUAUGAUUGACGAUCACAUCAUGCUUGCCUUUGCUGGCCUGUCGGCGGAUGCACGUGUGCUUGUCGACCGUGCUCGCAUGGAGUGCCAAUCAUACAAGCUGCGCCUUGAGGAUCCUGUGACUGUGCACUAUAUUUCCCGAUACGUCGCUGACACUAAGCAGCGCUUCACACAAUCCCCUGGACGUCGUCCAUUCGGAAUCGCAAUGCUGGUCGCCGGUUUCGACUACGAUGGCCGCCCGCGUCUCUACAAGACCGAGCCAAGCGGUGCAUACUAUGAAUACUUCGCAAAUUCGACCGGCCGUGGCGAAAAAGCUGUUCGCGAGUUCCUGGAAGAGAAGUACAAUGACGAAAAUGUGCAAGACGAGGCGGCUACUCUCAAGCUGGUAGUAAAGGCGCUCUCACAGGUUGUUCCAUCUGGGGCUAGCAACAUCGAGAUCGCUGUGAUGACAUCUGCCACGGGAAAGCCUGGCGAAUGCCACCAGCGGGUUUUGACUACCGAGGAAGUGGAUGCCCUCCUAAAGGUUGUGGAAGCUGAGCGUCAAGCCACCGAGGCCGAGGAAGCAGCCCGCAAAGAAGCCGCCCGCACAGGAGCUCCGAAACAACAG